CGCACACGCGCAGUCAUCAUCUACUACUUGCAGAAGGGGCAAGGAAGACGGGCGCCGGGGACGGACGCUGCUUCCAUCCUUCUCGCCUCAAGUAGUCCCGCCGCGCCUCCGGUGUAGUCCCGCCAAAAAGGAAGGCACCUCCCUUCCAGCUCCGCUCCCCAAAUAGUCCCGCCGCGCCUCCGGAGCCAAUCCCACCUUCCCUCGCCGCCGCCGCCAUGGCUCCGCCGGAGGCCUCGCAGCCGCCGCCGCCGGGUAAGGGGAAGGAAAAGAAGAAGGAUGAUAUCGACGAUCUGCCAGAGGAAGAUUUGGCGUUGAAGGAGCAGCUGGAGCUCUACGUCCUGCGCGCGCAGGACGCCGAUCCCGGUGUGCAGAAGCUCGCCCUCGAGAGCAUGAGACAGGAAAUCCGAUCUGCCACGAGCUCAAUGACUUCCGUUCCGAAGCCGCUCAAAUUUCUCCGCCCGCACUAUGGAGCCCUCAAGUCCUACUUUGAGACCAUGCCGGAGUCUGAGCUGAAGAAAUACAUGGCAGACAUUCUAUCGGUGUUAGCUUUGACAAUGUCCGUUGAGGGAGAAAGGGAGAGUCUGAAGUACCGGUUAUUAGGCUCCGAAGGUGAUAUCGGAUCAUGGGGUCACGAGUAUGUAAGAAAUUUGGCUGGCGAGAUUGCACAAGAGUUCCAUAAGCGUCAGGAUGAUGACUUGCCCAUUGACGCCCUAAUGGAGCUUGUGCAGCAAAUUAUUUCAUUUCACAUGAAGCAUAAUGCUGAACCUGAAGCUGUAGAUCUUGUGAUGGAGGUUGAAGACCUUGAUUUGCUAGUUGAGCAUGUGGACACUACAAACUACAAAAGAGCUUGCUUGUAUCUUACUAGUUCGUCCAAAUUUCUUCCUGCUCCAGAUGAUAUGUUGGCGCUUGACAUAGCAUAUACCAUCUACAUGAAGUUUGGAGACCUUGCAAGUGCUUUGAAAAUUGCCCUUCAACUUGAAAAAUCCAUGCAGUAUGUGAAGCAAGUCUACACAUCAACUGAUGAUUUUCUGCUCAAGAAACAAUUCUCAUACAUCAUAGCACGCCAUGGUUUGGCUAUGGAGAUUGAUGAUGAGAUAGCUGCUGAUGACAAUGAUAAGGAGGUUUUGCAAGAAAUAGUUAAUAAUACUAAGCUGAGUGAGGGAUACCUUACUCUUGCUCGCGAUAUUGAGGUCAUGGAGCCUAAAUCUCCUGAGGAUAUAUACAAGGUCCAUUUGAUUGAUGGCCGUGGUGCCAGCUCCAGUCUUGAUUCUGCAAGACAGAAUCUGGCUGCUACAUUUGUCAAUGCAUUUGUGAAUGCUGGGUUUGGCCAGGACAAGUUGAUGACUGCUCCAUCUGAUUCGUCCAGCAGUGGGUCUUCUGGAAACUGGUUAUUCAAGAACAAGGAACACGGGAAAGCCAGUGCAGCGGCUAGUCUGGGAAUGAUUCUCCUGUGGGAUACUGAUUCUGGGCUUGCUCAGCUUGACAAGUACUUGCAUAGUAAUGACACUCAUGUUGUUGCUGGAGCUUUGCUAGGUAUUGGAAUUGUCACGUGUAGCGUGAAGAAUGAUUGCGAUCCUGCACUUGCUAUUCUCAUGGAGUAUAUUGGUAAGGAUGACUCAAACAUCCGUAUUGGGGCAAUAUUGGGUCUAGGAAUUGCAUAUGCUGGUUCCCAGAAAGAAGAGCUUAAAACGCAUCUAUCUGCUGUGUUGGGAGACCCCCAAUCACCUCUCGAGGUCUUGGUUUUCUCAGCCAUUGCCUUGGGACUGGUGUUUGUCGGUUCUUGCAGUGAAGAGAUUGCACAGCCUAUCAUAUUUGCCUUGAUGGAACGUAGUGAGGCUGAGUUGGGAGAGCCCAUUAUACGGUUGCUUCCCGUUGCGCUUGGCCUCCUAUAUCUUGGAAAACAGGAGAGUGUAGAGGCUACUGCAGAGGUCUCUAAAACAUUUGAUGAGAAGAUAGGGAAGUACUGUGAUGUAACGCUUAUGUCAUUGGCAUAUGCCGGGACAGGGAAUGUGCUUAAGGUUCAGAAACUUCUUGGCAUUUGCUCACAGCAUCUUGAGAAAGGCGAAACACACCAAGGGCCAGCUGUCCUUGGAAUUGCUCUUAUUGCUAUGGCUGAAGAAUUAGGAGCUGAAAUGGCUGUUCGUUCACUUGAGCGUCUCUUGCAAUACGGCGAGCAGAAUAUUAGACGGGCAGUUCCUCUUGCCCUUGGUAUACUCUGCAUAUCUAAUCCCAAGGUUAAUGUGAUGGACACAUUGAGCAGAUUGAGUCAUGACGCAGAUGCUGAUGUGUCAAUGGCUGCAAUCAUCUCAUUGGGUUUGAUUGGUGCUGGGACAAACAAUGCCAGAAUAGCUGGCAUGCUUCGCAACCUUUCAAGUUAUUACUACAAAGAAGCUGCUCAUCUGUUUUGUGUAAGAAUUGCUCAGGGCCUCGUUCACCUUGGAAAGGGCUUGUUGACCCUUUCUCCAUACCAUUCUGAUCGGUUUCUUCUUUCCCCGAUGGCACUGGGAGGACUUGUAACUGUUCUGCAUGCCUGCCUUGAUAUGAAGUCCACCAUCCUAGGGAAAUAUCACUACAUCCUUUACAUUAUUGUCCUGGCAAUGCAGCCUCGAAUGCUGUUGACUGUGGAUGAGGAUCUGAAGCCCCUGCCUGUUCCAGUCCGGGUUGGGCAAGCUGUCGAUGUUGUUGGUCAGGCAGGAAGGCCCAAAACAAUUACGGGCUUCCAGACACAUUCCACACCUGUCUUGCUUGCAGCUGGGGAGCGUGCUGAACUAGCUACUGAAAAAUACAUUCCACUGACACCAGUACUGGAGGGCUUUGUAAUUCUCAAGAAAAACCCAGAAUAUCACGAGGAGUGAAAGACUAUGCCUGAUCGAUAUGAUGCUGAUUUCUGGCUCGCCUGCACUGCAACCUCAUAAGCCUGGUGGCGGUCCUAUGUGGACCCCUGUUAUGCCCUUCCAACUCUUGCUCGGCACUUCCUGGUGGUUCAUCAAAUAAAGUUGUAGCUUUUCACACCAGAGUUGUAGCCGACAUAAUCGCAUGUUUGUGGUUGUGUGAUGACAUACCACUUGGGUAUGCACACCGGGACGCGUAGGUGUUAGUGCUGCUGUCUACUUUUACCGCCAGCUUAUUUGUAUAUCUAUGUACCGGAAAUUAGGAAUUACUGAGCGCAUGUUUAGAACUGACUCAUUAAUACGGUGGUGCACAGUGGCAUUUUUUUUAGCUUUUUGACUCGUGUGAUCUUUUGUUUGAUAA